AUGGUCUCCCUUUCGAAGGUACUUUCAGGUAGCUUAGCCAUAGGUGGCACAAACAUGUUCCAAGACCUUGCGACUCCUGAACAAGCAGCUACAGAUCAAUAUGAAAAAUUGAGAUACUUGGGAGGAGCCGGUCCUUACGUUCAAUUUCCUGGUAUAGGUGCUUCCACAGAUAUUCCGGAUCAAUGUUUUCCAGAGAAUGUUCAAUUGUUUAUGAGACAUGGCGAGAGGUUCCCCACGUCAGGUGUAGGUAAGAGCUUCAAAGCUCUCUUGAAAAAGUUUUCGAAGUUUAAGGGAAAGUAUACUGGAGAGUUAUCCUUCCUUAAUAAUUAUAAAUAUUUUGUCACAGAGAAAAGCGACUACGGUUUAGAAUCAACACCCGCAACAGGUAGUGCUAUUUUCGCUGGAACCACUGAUGCAGAGAAGGCUGGCAAUGUUUUGAGGUCAAAAUAUAGAUCCUUAUAUAACCUGAAUGAGACUCUUCCUCUUUUUAUUGCCGGUAACGAUAGAGUUUUCCAAACUUCUCAGGCUUUUGCGAGAGGAUUCUUAGGUGAUGACUACACCCCAGCUAAAGUUAAAAAUGUUAUUCUUGACGAAGGUACAUCUCUUGGAGCAAACUCGCUUACGCCAGAUUCUGGUUGCUCAGAUUUCGCCUUCUCGAGUAGCACUCCAGUAUCGAAGAAGUACGAUACUCUGUACUUAGACGCUGCAAAAAACAGGCUACUCAAGGGUAACUCCUUUUUAAAUCUCACCUCGGAUGAUGUGAACAAUAUGUUUAAGUGGUGUGCUUAUGAAUUGAAUGUCAGAGGCUACUCUCCUUUUUGUGAUUUGUUUACUAAUGAAGAGUUUAUUCGCUACGAAUACCUGGUUGAUUUAGCUGAUUACUACUUGUAUGGUCCAGGUAACAACAAAUCAGAAACUAUGUUUGGACCAUUGUAUGAGGCUUCUCUUAAAUUAUUGAAAGACCCGUCGGCUAAGCAAAAGAUAUGGCUCAGUUUUACUCAUGAUACUGAAUUGUUGAUGUUUCAUAGCAUCUUAGGACUUAUAAAGCCUCGAGAACCUUUAACUCCUGAUUACAUACCAUUCCCUAAUAUCUAUACUGCAACAAAUUUAGUCCCUGAAGGUGCUAGGGUUGUGCUAGAAAAGUACAAAUGUCUGAAUGAAUCUUUUGUCAGAUACAUUGUGAACGAUGCUGUUAUUCCAAUCAAGAUGUGUGCCGACGGUCCUGGAUUUUCUUGUAGCUUAUCCAAUUUUGAAAAAAUUGCCAACUAUAGAUUAAAAGGGCUAAAUUACAACAAAGAUUGCAAAAAUCCUUCUAACACUACUGAUACGGUCUCAUUCUUCUGGGAUUAUAAUAAAAGGGUUUAUAAUGGAUCGUUGACUGGUUUCUGA